AUGGCUCCUUUUCAAGUCACAGACGACUAUUACGAGAUUCUCGGCGUCCUACAAUCCGCGGGAAAAGAUGCCAUCCGGGCAAGCUACAAACGACUUGCUCUGUUGCAUCAUCCGGACAGGAAUCCAAACAAUCCUAAAGCCACAGCUCAGUUUCAGCUGAUCGAAUCUGCCUAUUCUACCCUCUUUGACCCCGACCGACGACGAGUAUACGAUGUCCAAUAUGCUUCCAUACGAGCCCAACGCACAAAUACGGCCGAUGCCAGUAGCAAAAGCAACCCGUCGCAGCGGACAAGUGAUGCAAAGUCUGAGACUUCCCCAAAGUUCAAUGAACAAAUGGAGACUCUGAGCGCGGCGCUGCAGCAGCUCUAUAUCAGACGGAAUAGGCUCGAAAGCGAGCUAUUCGAGAUUAGGCGCGAGUAUAACCGCAGCCAAGCUGCACUCGACAAGCUGCAAAGCGAGGCAGAUAAAGACGCCCAGGAAGAGGCCAGGCAGAAGAGCUGGUUUGGCUACUUCUUCUCUGCGUCGCAAUUAGAAGGGGACAAGGAGGAGAGGCAGAGACGCAUGCUGACCAAUAGGGUCGCUCAAUCUGUGCGGGAGGCAGAAAUCAACUCCCGCAAACGUACAAUGGCCAGCAAACAAUCGAGCAUCGAUGCUCUCAAUGAGCAGAUACGGCAGAAAACGGCAGACAAGGAGACGUUGCAGCAGCGAGAGAAGGCGCGGGAGGAAGCUGUUCGGUGGGCGGAGAUGCGUCAAAGAGAGGCGCUGCGGAGAGAAAAGGAGAGGCAGGAGAGGGACAAGCAGGAAAGGGAGAGGAAAGAGAGAGAGAAGAAGGAAAACGAGCGGAGAGAAAAGGAGAGAAAGGAAAACGAGAGGAGAGAACGUGAGGUGGAAGAAGAGUUACGACGAGCGUUUCGCGACAUGGCUGAGGCAAUGCAAAAAGAACGAGAAGCGCAGCGAGUUCGAAAGCCGCCCCAGGCGAAAAAGGAGAGGCAAGCGAAUGCAAAUGCAUAUCCAGAUGCGCACUGGGGGACAGAGCCGCCCAGUACGAGGCGUGGGAAGAAAUUUACAUCACAAAGCGCAAGCUCGAUACCGUCUACUGGAGCAACGACCAGCAAAACGGCUUGUCUUCACAAGUCCUGGUGGGAUCGAGAAGAAGGGAAGCACGUGUGCGAGCGGUGUUCGACGACGACGUUUCGAUUCGCUUUUCGGUGCCCGAGUUGUCGUACAGUUGCGUGUGCUAAAUGCCGUGAUGUGAUGAAGUCCAAGAGGCAGAUGCCAGAGGUGCCGCCACAGUGGACCUGGGAUUGGGAUUAAGGGGAUUACUCCAUGGAAGAUGGUAUCAACUUGCCGUUUGGGGACUCGAAUCGGUUUGCUUUUUUUUUUUUUUGGAUUUGUUUCAUUUCCUACCUGUUGAAUAUCAAGGCGUCUGACUUUAGCUUCGACUUAUAUAUGGAUACGAGAUUGCGCAGUUAUUCCAUGUAUACGUUUCAUUAACAGUAAUGGACAUGCACGUUUCCAAUCCCUAG